GCCGGUAUCCGCCCACACUUUCCGCGUUCCCAUCCACACCCCGCCAACGAAUUCCCUGGAAUACGAUCCGACUGAAACAGGAGACUUGUUCGCAAGCAUUCCGCCAACAUUUGUGAGAUAGUCCAAAGUGGAGGUCAGCGUGACGGGACGAAACGUGUCUCCAUUGAUUGAUCAUCGUGACUCAAGCGGGUCUUUGUUCUUACAACCAUCCUCCUGCAAUUUCAGACAGGCUUGUUGUCCACGAGGAGUCCACAAUAGAUGUACCCGUCUCGGUUGUUGCCCACUGAGCCACUCUGACCGUUUCUUUCAUCCGUCCCGGGCAGUCUAGCGGUCUCUCCGCUUUGGCUGGCUUUCGUCUUCCAUAACUACCACUUCCUCCUCAAUGUCUGCUGAAGAUCAGGAUGACUGGGUACUCAUUCCUGCUGACUGGUGGAAGUUGUCGUACAAGGACAUUCCGUGGGCAUAUCGCAGGCGACAGCAGUGGACUUCAACAGGAGUCCGGGCGGCCAUUCAUCCGAGACCUCCCUACCACCACGAUCAGCUCUUUGUCGACAAGGAUCAGCUGCAGGAAGGGUCAGAGGGUGUUGGAGAUCUGGAGUUGAACCAGGAUUUGAUGGGGGUGCGAGCUGCGUUUGCUGUGAUGAGACCAUACGAGGUGGACGUGGGCAUGCAUGGCCCUUUGUCGAAACUAUGUUCAGAUCCUUUCCCUUAUGUCGCUCGACUCAACCCACCGUUGUUCUCUGGAGAACUGGAUGAGAUAGAGUUGGCUAUGGCGCAGAAGCGGUGGGAUGACCAGGUGCGAGAUCUCAUGGGUGGUACUCUGACAAGAGCCCAAUACAACCCACUUGAUGAUGACGACGAGGUGGAUCGCAAGCUUUGGAAUCUCAACCUUGCAGAGGACGUCAAGUUCGAGUCGUCUGCCCCCGAGCUCGUCGAUCUGACGGAUUCCGAGCUCUCAACCGAUUCCGACCCUAUGCCUGCCACUCCUCAUGGGGACAAGAAGUCUUAUGCUGCGGUCGUGUUCGAUGAACAGGCAUCACAGAUCCAUCGUGAACGCACAGUCGUAGCACCAUCACCCUCAAAGCCGCUCAAUGCGUCUGCGCUGGACUUCAUUCCUGGCAUGCCACCCCCAGAAUCUACACCUUCCCCCGACUCGUCAGAGUCCCCUUAUACAUCCCCUACCUAUGAAUUCCACUUUCCCUCACUGAAUGCACAGCAAUCUGGGUCACGUUCAGGCGCAAGAUCGUUACCUCCCAACCUGCGAAAGGACGAACAAGGGUUCUACAACGAAAUUUCAAUUUCACCUUCCCCUGUGGCACGAUCCCACGCAUCCACUCGAACAGCCACCCCGCGAAGGCAGUCGGCUGUACUCCUUCCUGCCUUCCUCGCUGACUCGUCAACUGCACCUAGGAAUAGAAAGCUCAAGACGAGGGAGAUUGUAGAUCGCUUACGAUCUUCGACCGCUAACGGGGAAGCUUCGCGGAAAGCGCGGAUAACCGAACCUAUCGUUGAACCCCGCACUGAAGUCGAUGAACAGCCGAAGUUGAUUGAGUCCCGCUCGGACAAGAGGGCUGAUAUUGAUGGCUGGAUCACUAGUGUUUGCGAGAACGAAGGCAAGGCACCAGAAGCAAUUAUCGGGAAGGACGGGUGGAUCGAAGGCAUCCCUACCGCCAAACCUCGUGUUGUGGUGAAGAACAAGAAGGGUCACAAACGCUCCAAUAGCAGUGUCAACAGUAAUUUUUCCAUGACACCGCCAUCUUCAUCGACGUCUACGAUCUCGACCUUUCCUUCUCCCGCUUCGUCGAUGACUAGCUUCGGACUUCCCGUCACUCCGACAAGUACGACGUUCUCGUCUCCUCCAUUCUACCCCUACCCGUCACCAUAUGCCUCUUGUGGUAACGUAUUUUCUGGCAAUCAAGGUAUAGCCCAAGCCCAGGCAGCAUAUAUGCAGAUGCAAAUGCAAAUGCAUGUUGUUCAGGCUCAGGCACAAGCUCAGGCUCAGGCGCAAGCUCAAGCCCAGGCGCAAUGGCAGUUGCAAAUGCAGGCACAGUCCAUGAUGCCGGGAUACCCCAUGUACCAAGGUGUCAAUCCGUCUAUGCCUUACCCGCUAUCCCAACCGAUCCCGACGUACGAGAGUGGGAAGAUCACUGGCGCUUCUGGGAUUCGGCAUGCAUAGUGGUGAAGUCUCCUUCUAUCUCUCUCCAUCCCGUCGAGUGCUGAUGUUCCGCAUCUGCUCAGGGCGGUUAGUGCUCUUCCUUCAUCAAGAUUGCGGACAACAGUAGUAUAGUGCUAUAUGCAUCUCCUCUCAUUCUUCUGCUUAUGUAGUAUUUGUUCUUUUCUUCUUCAUGCUUGCGUUAGUCGUUACCCGGCUAGGCAUCUUCCGUGCGUACACAGUUUUGGGCUUCUUGACCUUUCCUCCUCUCCUUUCUUUCCGAUUCCUUGAAUUUCUUUUGCUCUCUUGCUUCACCUGCAUCACAUAUGUAUAUUCCUUGGCACAUGACUCAAUGAUAUAUAUUCAAUAUCGUAACCCAUCGAAUUGGCAUUGCAUAAAGACAUAAAACAUAGUGUGUUGA